CUCCUAAAGAAUCCUCCUCUUCUUCUUCUUCUUCAUCCUCCUCACCCAUCCUUCUCUUGAGGCUGUUUUUUGGUUUUCUCCUGCGCCAGCGCGCGCGCGAACGAGCUGGGGAUAUCUAAAUUGGACAUGUGAGUUCCGUGGAGUUUUAGUUUUUUUUUUAUCUUCUUCUUUUUUUUUUCUUCACACCUUUAAAAGAAGAAAAAGAUGAAGUUCCCGGCGUGCGUCCUCGUCGCUCUGGCGCUGAUCCGCUGGAGCGCAGCGCAGUCAGUUUGCCCUGGUACUGACAACAAGUUGAGCACCUUGUCGGAUCUGGACCAGCAGUACCGCACCCUGAGGAAGCUCUACGAGAACUGCGAAGUCGUCAUGGGCAACUUGGAGAUAACAAGCAUCGAUCGGAACCGGAACCUGUCCUUCCUCAAGUCCAUCAGAGAAGUAACCGGCUACGUCCUGGUGGCGCUGAAUCAGUUCGAGUACCUGCCGCUGGAGAACCUGCGCAUCAUCCGAGGCACCACGCUGUACGAGGGCCGCUACGCGCUCGCCAUCUUCCUCAACUACAGACGGGACGGCAACUACGGCCUGAAACAGCUGGGCCUUCGCAGCCUCACAGAGAUUCUCAACGGCGGUGUUUACGUUGACCAGAACAAAUUCCUGUGUCACGCCGACACCAUCCAUUGGCGCGACGUGAUCAAGAACCCCCAGGCGGAGCUGCUGGUGGUCCCGUCCAACAACAGCAACAAUGGAUGCAGACGCUGCCAUCGUUCCUGCAAUGGACGCUGCUGGGGCCACCAGGAGGACCAGUGUCAAACCUUGACAAAAACGGUGUGUGCAGAGCAGUGUGACGGUCGAUGCUUCGGGCCUUACGUCAGCGACUGCUGCCAUCGGGAAUGCGCCGGUGGCUGCUUCGGUCCCAAGGACACGGACUGCUUUGCCUGCACCAAUUUCAACGACUCCGGCGCAUGCGUGACCCAGUGCCCUCAACCGUUUGUGUACAACCCCACAUCUUUCCAGCUGGAGCACAACCCCAGAGCCAAGUACACCUACGGAGCCUUCUGUGUCAAGGAAUGCCCCCAUAACUUUGUGGUGGAUCAUAGCUCCUGUGUUAGGGCAUGUCCGAGCAACAAGAUGGAAGUGGAGGAGAACAGAAUCAAAAUGUGCAUCCCAUGUACUGAUAUCUGUCCAAAAGUGUGUGAUGGGAUCGGGACCGGUAGCCUGCAGACAGCUCAAACUGUGGACGCCAGCAACAUUGACAAAUUUGUGAAUUGCACGAAAAUCAACGGCAACCUCAUCUUCCUCAUCACUGGCAUUAAAGGGGACAUGUAUCAUGGCAUCGGACCAAUGGAUCCUGAGCGUCUCAACGUUUUUCGGACAGUGAAAGAGAUUACAGGAUUCCUCAACAUCCAGUCUUGGCCUGAAAACAUGACAGAUUUGAGUGUCUUUUCCAACCUGGUGACUAUCGGAGGCAGAUCUCUCUACAGUGGAAGCGGUAUUUCCCUUUUGAUCCUGAAACAGCGCUGGAUCUCCUCCUUCCAGUUCCAGUCGUUGACUGAGAUCAGCGCCGGGAACGUCUACAUCUUCAACAACAGCCGCUUGUGUUUUUACAACACCAUCAACUGGACGUCGCUGUUUAGGACGCCGUCGCAGAAAGUCCUCAUUCGCAACAACCGGGAACCCAUGGAAUGCCUUCAGCAGCAGAUGACGUGCGAUCGAAUGUGUUCGGAAGAUGGCUGCUGGGGGCCCGGUCCCGACCAGUGUCUCUCCUGUCGCUAUUUCAAACGAGGACGCACCUGUGUCGAGUCCUGCAACCUCUUUGAUGGGGAAGUGCGAGAGUUUGCCAAUGGUUCUGUGUGCCUGGAGUGCGACAGUCAGUGUGAGAAAAUGGAUGGAAACAGCUUGACGUGUCUUGGACAGGGCCCGGACCAGUGCGUGAAAUGCCUCAAUUUCAAAGACGGGCCCAACUGCGUGGAGAAGUGCCCUGACGGGUUGCAGGGCGCCAACAGUUUCAUCUUCAAAUACGCCAAGGCCAACAACGAAUGCCAUCCCUGCCACGCCAACUGCACCCAGGGGUGCAUCGGGCCAAGACUUCAGGAUUGUGUUGGGAUGAUGGACAGGACUCCUCUUAUUGCAGCGGGGAUCAUCGGAGGAUUGUUUAUCAUCGUUAUUGUGGCGCUCACUGUGGCCAUUUAUGCACGCCGCAAAAGCAUCAAGAAGAAGAGGGCGUUGAGACGCUUCCUGGAAACAGAGCUGGUGGAGCCCCUGACCCCCAGUGGAACCGCCCCCAACCAAGCUCAGCUGCGCAUCCUCAAAGAGACAGAGCUCAAGAGGGUCAAGAUUCUUGGUUCUGGAGCUUUCGGAACCGUCUACAAGGGCAUCUGGGUCCCCGAAGGUGAAACAGUGAAGAUCCCCGUUGCCAUUAAAAUCCUCAACGAGGCCACCGGCCCUAAAGCCAAUGUGGAGUUCAUGGACGAGGCCUUGAUCAUGGCCAGCAUGGAGCAUCCUCAUUUGGUGCGUCUGCUGGGCGUCUGCCUGAGCCCGACCAUCCAACUGGUCACCCAGCUGAUGCCCCACGGCUGCCUCCUGGACUACGUGCACGAGCACAAGGAUAACAUUGGCUCACAGCUGCUGCUCAACUGGUGUGUCCAAAUAGCCAAGGGGAUGAUGUACCUGGAGGAGAGGAGAUUGGUCCACCGGGACCUGGCAGCCCGGAACGUGCUGGUGAAGUCCCCCAACCACAUUAAGAUCACAGACUUCGGCCUGGCGCGGCUGCUGGACGCCGACGAGAAGGAGUACAACGCAGACGGCGGCAAGAUGCCCAUUAAAUGGAUGGCUCUAGAGUGCAUCCACUACAGGAAGUUCACCCAUCAGAGCGACGUGUGGAGCUACGGAGUGACCAUCUGGGAGCUGAUGACGUUCGGGGGCAAACCGUACGACGGCAUCCCUACGAGAGAAAUCCCCGACAUCCUGGAGAAAGGGGAGCGGCUGCCCCAGCCCCCCAUCUGCACCAUCGACGUCUACAUGGUCAUGGUCAAAUGUUGGAUGAUUGAUGCAGACAGCAGGCCGAAGUUCAAGGAACUAGCUGCUGAGUUCUGCAGAAUGGCGCGUGACCCCCAGCGAUACCUGGUCAUCCAGGGAGACGACCGCAUGAAGCUUCCUAGUCCCAAUGACAGCAAGUUCUUUAAAAGUCUACUGGACGAAGAGGACCUUGACGACCUGAUGGAUGCUGAGGAGUAUCUAGUUCCUAGAGGAUUUAACGGGGCUUCGACGUCAUCCACAACCAGGCCUCGAGUCGACUCCAAUAGGAACCAGUUUGGCUAUCGUGAUGGUGUACCCAGCCUUGCAGAAGGAGCCCUGGCUGGGGCCCAAAGUAAUCUGAGCCAGGAUGCCUCAGGUGGCUCGGGUUCAGGCUUGGAGGACCAGCGCUGUAAUGGAAGCCUGCAUAAAAAGAAAGGAGGACUAUCUGCAGGAGAGGACAGCGGGGCCCAAAGAUACAGUGCCGACCCAACCAUCUUCCUAGGGGAGAGAGCAACCAGAGGAGACACCGAUGAGGAUGGCUACAUGACACCCAUGAAGGACAAGAGUUCCUCAGAAUAUCUGAAUCCAGUUGAGGAGAACCCAUUCGUCUCUCGGCGUAAAAACGGGGAGAUCCAUGCUUUGGACAACCCAGGGUACCACAGCACACCCAACAGCCAGCCCAAAGGAGAGGACGAGUACAUCAACGAGCCCCUCUACCUCAACACCUUCCACAAUCCUGCUGACUUGGGCCUGGAGGCCCUGAGGAGAAAUGGAUUACCCUUGCCGACCCAAACCCCAUCCCUAAUCACAGCCUCGGGCUCCCAUCUCCCUCUCACAAUCCAGACCAGUCUGCCUCACUACGCCCUCUCCUCAACCCAACCAUCUCCAUCCGGGGUACCCUGCCUCCACGGCCCAGCGACUCACAUCCUCCACGCCCACCACACCCUCAAACCCAUGGGGCAACCGGGCAGUCUCGUUUCUGUGUCUCAGAGCCAAACAGGAACUACAGCUCAAGCGAGUCAAUCAGGCCCCCUAUCCUCAUCGGCAACCAUCGGUCACGGAGGCCUCCCGGCCUACCAGAGCCACACAGCUACACACCCUACGAGUCUGCUCAAGCAUGGAGGGCACACGUCAGGAAAGGCAAGCGGGAAGAAGCUUAAAGUAACCUUUGACAAUCCUGAGUACUGGCAACACAGCUUGCCUCCCAAAUCGUCUAUCCAGGUGGUCCCAGACGUAGCCCAAGGAGGAUCCACCAAUACUAAGCUCCUCUAUAAGCAAAAUGGACACAUACGAUCAGGAGCAACGGAGAAUCCAGAUUACAUAUCUGAGUUUUCCCUCAAGUCUGGCACCGUGUUGCCACCUCCACCCUACAGGCAGCGAAACACUGUGGUCUAAAUAGUCCCCACCCCGUGGUACUCUACCCUCCAGUGACCUUGACAUCCGCUUUGGUUCUACAGUCAGGGGUGGCACACCAAACCCACCCUCCAAUAUUUUUUCUCCAGAUAAUGUGCCGCCUGCUGUAGCAGCAUCGAAGGACUUGCGCCACCAACUAGGAAAACCUCACUAAAGCCAGUCCAGUUCAUUUUCUGAGCCUCCGCAUCAGCCGACGGGAAAAAGAGAAAAAAGACUGUGGACGUUGUGUCGCAAGGCAGACACACAACUCUCAAACAUUCAACUUUGGGGACCUGAACUCACUGCCAGACACGUCGGUGUCAGAUUUGUGAGAGGAAAAUAGAUUUUUUUUCUUUAACUCUUCCUUGUUUUUCCACACAAACAUAGAAGUCCGAGUCUGAGCAAUACUCUACCGAGGGGUCUCCGGAAUAAGCAACAUAACCAAUGUAGUCUGUUCCAUUUCAAAUGUCCUUUAGCUUCGUAAAUGACAAGCUAAAGGAGAGUUCUGCCAUUGGAGUCAAGUGUUGUAGCCUGUGUGGUCAUAAUUUGUGCUCUCGAAUUUCACCAUAUACGAGAAACGUGUCUCACACCGAGGUCCCGCAAUGAUCAAAACUAAGCCAUCUGCUUUUGCAUCUGCAGUACGAAGGAUAUGGGGGAACCACUGUCUUGUUGUUUUUGCUUCAUUAAAGCUAAAGAGAAGCUGGUAAAGAGAAAGAAAAUUGAUUCCCAAGGAAAAAAAAUACACUGCUAAUAAUUUUAUAAGCAAUGGUUGGAGUGCUGAGACGCUCGACUUUUAUACACUGGUUCUCCCGUUCAGACCUUGUUGCUAAUUAUGGCGAGUCAAAGCAGUUAUGCAAAUUGCUGUAUACAGCUAAACUGCAUGUCAAGAUCAUCCAUAAAACAGCGGAGAUCGAGAUAGGGGAUCACAGGAAGCGGGAUGGCUAAAGGGAGACCUUUCUGCCGGGAGCUGAGGGAAGGUUCAUACGAGUCGGCUAAUGAAGACCUUAAGGAAUGAGGAAGGCAACACCAGCAGCACACAGUAUAACGCAACACAUACUAUUUUUUUCUCUCUCUUUUUGUUUUUAUUUAAUGAGAUUGGGAUGAGAUUUAUUGUCUCUAUUUUGAAUUAUUUGGAUUUUUUAUGGACAAAAACAAAAUGUGAAAUGAAGUGACACUGGAAGUGACUGUUAAAGCUGGUUAAAAUCACUGGUUUGAGUUUAUGACUAGAGUUUUGUAUUUUAUGUGAAAACUCUGAUUAAACCAGACUUUUCACACAUUCAUCCUGUUAAAAUAUUCCACACCUUUGUGCCAUUUUACCCACUCCCCUAUAAAUACAAUAAACACUAAAAGCCACCCCCCAGCACCAACAUCAAUACAUUCUGUAAUAUUAGUAAUUUCUAUUUUCAUAACUGGUUGAAUUGCAUCCUUUUUAUUUUGCCUUGUUUGUAUUUAUCUGGGUACAUCAAAGCAUUUAUUCCUAAUAUAAUGUUUUACCUUGUAAAGUUUGAGUCAUCAACUAUUGUUUACUAGGAUAUUGUCCUAGCAGAUAGUACUUCAAUAUUAACACGCUUUAUAUAAUUUAAUUUAAACAUUCACAUUUUCGUAAAGUCUAUUGGAAAUUAACAAUAUGGGCUAUUAAUAAGAACUAAAGCUAAAUCACAGUACGACUCUAAGACACAAUAAACCAAUGCAUUUCACUCUCAACUCGUCAUAUAUGGACGUAAGGUUUGGGGCCCCUCUGCGCCACUUUUUGAUGUUUUGGGUGUCCCCAACUCGUCGUUUUUGAUAUGCUGGCUGUUUCCAUUAAAUCAGGGGUCCCCACCUUGGUACUGGUCUUAGGACCGCUUGGUACCCGGAGACAGACAGGAAUAAAAUGCAUACUCUAAUUAGGGGUCCCCAACCCUUGGGACGCGGUACUGGAACCAAACCAGAUUCAGCGUCCGGUAUUUAAGGAUUGAGGGACCUGUGAUUUAAUGGGAACAUCCAGUAUGUCAAAAAACGACAAGCUGGGGAGACCCCAAAUAUCAUAAAGUGAAGGAGGCCCAAACUAUGCAUUACAUAUAUGAAUAUUAGGAGUGAUAAUCUGUAGGAUAAACAACAAAAAAAGAUUAAGUAAUACAUUUUUAUUUUUUAAAAAUAUAUAUAUUUAUUUGAGAUAUUAUUCUUUAUCCCGCCUUUUUAUUUAGAAAAAUUUGACUGGACCUACACUGGAUCGAGCCAUCGAAAGUGGACUUUAAGAUAACUUCUAGAUGUAGAUUAUUUAAAAAUAUUUAUUUUUAGCAAACAAUUACUGAGCAUGAUUUUGUUUGGGGUUUUACAUUUCUUAGAUAAAAAUUAGUUUUCCUAGAAAUUACAUUUUCUAGCAGUUAUCCUCUAAUGUACUGCUUAUAAAACCAGGUAAUGGUAAGAAAAUAGCAAAGCAUUUUCUUAGUAUUUUGUCUGCUCAUCUAACGUCAAUCGACAAAUCUUCUGGUUGAUUUAUGCCUUUUUUUAGCUAAAGUCUAAAGAAAAAAUCUCGGUUUUUGUUUCAAAAGAUCAAAGAAUGAUUCAUAAGCUCAUAUUAUCUUUACAAUCACGUGACGUUUAGCUGUUUUCCGGAAGAAUUGAGUUAAAUUUGAUUCUGAAGUCUGAAGAACAUUCCAAUUGCAAACAGUGGUCUUUGUGAUGACGCCAUCCUAUGGUCAUAGAAGACAUCCUGGUCUUUAGCAACACUGUUAUUUGGAGAUAAGCUUGAGCCUUCAAGGUUAAAUCUUACUUUGUAUAUGCAGUACAUUACUACAAAGUACUACUGACUACUUAAUCAACUGAGGAGAAUCGAACAACUGCUUGAACUCUUAGCCAAGAGUAGAGUUAUCCUAAAUACUACUGAGAUAAAUUAUACAACAUUCAGCGUCUGACUCAUUCACUACUGAUGCCUCUUAGGGCUAACUGCCAUACAAUGCUGCUAAAAGUGCUGGUUUUACAGCCGUUCUUUACACCUCAAAAGCCAUACUUAACAGCCCACAAAGUUUACCAGUCGUAGAGCACAAAAACUUCAUGAUAUCUUAGAACUAUUGUGGCGUUCUGUCACUUGUUGGAACUGCGUCUUGAGGCGAUGAUAGGGGGUUUAAGACAUCAAGGGGACAACUUGAUCAUGAACCGUGGGGGUCAAGAAAGCGUCAGACGGAGAAAACACUUGAAUAACGACUACAAAUUGAUACACACAAAAGUGGUAGCCCUUGUAGGAGCUUCUCAUUUUCUCUUGUUUCUAGAUCAUGAACCCGAAUCUGAUGUAAGUCCUAUUGGUUAGCCAUAACAAUCUACAUCAGUCAACUGGAUAUAUUUUACCAUUGAAGAUAUUUCACUCCUUCUUCAAGAGCAUUUGGCAAUUUGCCUGUUGUUUAUUACCUGGAUAAGACGUGUUAUACCAAGAAAAGUUGGGUUACUUUAAAAAAAACAAGUCUUCAAGGAGUACUAUUUCAUACGUUUUUUUUUUUUGCCUCCAAACAUGAUGUUUUAAGCCUCAUUUCCACUGAUCAGUCCUAUUCGGUCUGGUAUUUCGAGCUUUCCAUUGUAAAAUUCACCCCUUAAACAGUGCCGACCUGUUCCUCUUGGGGGUCCCCAUCAGUUGUAGGUUCAUUGAACAUUGGUACGUAACGGUUGGGGCCAAGCCACUGUACCCACACGUCGAUUGGCAGAAAGUGAUGACGACAUUAGAAAGCACCAAUAUAGCGCUAAUUUAAGCUAACGUUUCCAACGUUUGGAAGCAUUCACGUUUUUUCAGUUUCCUGUCUGAGCCUGAAAACAACAUUAAGGCCUGGUCUGUGGUGGAACUGCAAACGUUCCUUGCCAUCAUUUGGCGACCGUGUGAUACAGGGUCUACAUCACAUAUGUGAUGUGAAAACAAACCACUCAGAGGAAGCGAGGCUUAACUGAGUGGAAACGCUCACCAGAAUUAACUGUACUGUACUGAACUAUUUCUUACCGGACUAGACCGGAACCCUCAGUGGAAACGAGAUCUACUGAUUCAUAUAUGAUUAGAGGGAUGGAUCAAUUAACUGGUUGUUCUAGUCUGACCGAUAAAGUAGUCUAUUGUUGGGGUAGACAAUAUAAAGGCUACCACAGGUCAAAUGAUUGUUUUGGCUUCUUUUUUUUCUUCAAAUUUGGAUUGUGAUGCAAUGAAAAAGACAGGUCAAGGUUUAGUGUCAAGUCAUUCAAAGAUAGUGGAAAUAAUACUAAAUAAUCUAUUGCCGUUACCUGGCGGCCAUACCUUAGUUGUGACUUAUUCCAUAGCUGUAUACUUUUUGACUAUUUUUCUAAAGGGGUUGUUCUUCAAGUUUUUUUCUUAACGUUUAACUUAUAGUUUUAACUGUAGGCAUAUCCAAAAAUCCUAAAUUUAUUUUCAUUUUGUCUGAGUCAGUUGAAUAUUUGCCUUUUAUUUUUUACUUAUGCUAUGUACAUGCGCUUUUAAGAAUGUGCUAGACGGGCAUUCUUGAACGCAGUUUUCGUGGAUCUCGAUCCAGGCUCUCUUCCGAUAUAUGAAAGAAUUAUAUUUAGUCAUAUAAUUCUGUCUGGGCACAAACCACCUAAAAUUGAUUUCACUAAGAUAUAUAUCAAUUUUUAAAAGGUUGGCCCUUCCAUCUUUUGAAAACACGUCACUUCCUAAAUCCAAGUCCCUGAUUGGUCAACUGAUUUAACUUUUGCCACACUCUAAAUGGUCUCGCGUUCUGCCUAUAGAGGCCAAAAACUGACGUAAAAACGUGCGUAACGAUGCGUGAAUGGGAGGGUGUUGAACGCAAAAUCCCAAGACGCGCAUGUAGGUGCGUUUACAUAGCCUUUUCAUUGGAAGUGGUCGCUUGGAUAAGCGCUUCCAAUCGUGAACGUAGAAUUACGGAAACCUUUUUUUUAUCACAUCUUUUUUUUAUUUUCUAAACUCUACUCUCACACAGCAUACAAACUCUACACUAACUGUGAUUUUCCUAAAUAUGUUCCACAUUUUAAAAGAAAAAAAAAAUGUUUUUGUGUGAGUUUGCACUUAUUUUUAAAACCAUCGUUGGGGGACUGGCGUCACUCAAAUGACUUCAAAGACGACGGGGUCUAUACUUAUCGAGUAGUUUUCUAGUAAGACUCACCGCUAGAGGAUUAGUCUGGGAUAAGAUCUUACAUAAUACAUGAUUAGCACUUACAUGAUUUACUAUUUAUGGACUGCGAUGUACCGCGCAGCACAUUCAGUAUCUCACCAUCUUGUGAUUUCCACCCAGAGAUGAUCAGACACCUAAUAUGGUGAAGUGUAGGUUAUUGUUUGGUGGGCUUUUUUAUCAUUCUACACUAUUUAUUUUUUACUUUUAUUAUGUAUCUAAGUAAGUGUGAAAGUGUUUAUGUACAUAAAAAUAUAUAUAUGUUUUUCCUCCCAAUGGAGCACUUGAUCAAAGUCUCGGGUAGAAAGAGAGCUUUUCCGCUCUUCCUUACUGAAAUAUUCAGCUUGUUUAUCUGGUCAUUCACCAAUUAAUAAGGCAGAAGCUUCAGAGUAAGCAUGAGGAAGGUAGUGUGGUUGGGUUCAAGACGAGAACACUGUUUAGGUGGUGCUGAUCAGCUUCAAGAAUGUCCUCAUUUUGUGUUUUUUUGUUUGCUUCUAGCAGAAUUUAUAAUGCAGCUUUGAUGAUAAUAUGAUUAAUUGAUGAAGGAAUAUUUUGUAGUCCCUUUUAAAGCUCUAAUUCUAUGAAAUAGAGACACCAUUUAAUAUCAGUGUGAAAUAUUUAUGGCACAUUUGAGCUGCUUCAUACUGAGCCAUGGAAUAGGCUGGUGGUUUUGAGAAAACGGACCAGGAAAUGAUAAGAGUGGUAAAACAAGAGAGCACGUGCAUUGGUUUUGUUCAUCCAAAACGUUGAGGAGCCAGAAAAACUAUAACAAUGACUCUGUUAUGCUACGUACACACCAGGCAUUUGACACAAGUUCUUGAAUGUGCUUCCAGCAAACGGUGUUCACACUGGAUUGUCGCUACCUGAUACUAGCGCAUGCCCCUACAGUUGAAAUGCGAAAUGUCAAAGCAAAUUUCAUGAAUCUUGUUCCAGGCUUCUUGUUUUGCAGCUCUGUUCGACAUAUGAUUAAGUUAGACUGAAUCUAAAUUCUUCCCCUACCCCUACAUUUAUCCCUCCAAACUGAGAUAUAUGGAAAAAUUGCGUCAUUGAACUCAGACCUCACUCCCACUUGAUGACAUCAUCAAUAGUUGCCGGUCAUCUACGUAACCAAAUCCAUAAUUCCUCCUUUACCCUUACGGCUUCUCCCUGCCCCUACAUUUAGCCCUCCAAACGAAGAGUAAUGGAAAAAUAUUGUCUUUAAAUUCGGACUUUGCUCCCACUUGAUGACAUCAACAAUAGUUGCUGGUCAUUAUGUUACACAAUCAGUAAUCCCCGCCGCCUACUUCUACGGUUUCUUCCUACCCCUACAUUUAGUCCUCAAAACUGAGAGUUAUGGAAAAAUAGAGUCCUUAAAUUUGUACAUCACUUCAAUGAUGUCAUCAAUAGUUGCCAGUCAGCUACUUUAGCACGGAGCUGGUAGCACUUCGAAAUACAUAACAGUACCAGUUUUUAUAAAUUUAAUAAGGUCAUUGAAAAACAAAGUCAUUAUUUGCAAAUACCCAAUUGAAGACAAGUGUGGGGGAGGGAUACAGAACUCUACCCUUAAAAAACGUAUUGUGGACGCCCCUUUCCCAUCAAAUACCCCUUUAAUUGGAGGGUUAGGGGGGAGAAUUUGCAUUUGUCCUUAGUGUCACAAAAUUCCAACAGGGCAAAAAAAAAAAUUCUCCUUCACAAAAAUUUUUAAACAGUUGGUACUUUUGAGUUUUGAUACGGACGUUCCAUGUAUACCAAAUUCUAGUUCCUGAUUGGUCAAAGUUCAACUUAUUUGGCUUUUAAUGUGCGUUCAAUUAUCGCAUAGAGUCCAAAAACUGACUUAAAAACUUGUGUAGCAACUCGUAAACGCACAACUUCUGAAGGUAGAAGUCCAAAACGGGUAUUUAUGUGCAUUUAUUUUUGCCAAGACUUGUUGCCAAGCCCGGUGUGAACAUAGCAUUAGACAUCUUUACAGUAUUUUUUUUUUAUUAUUAUUGAAUCAUUGUAAAGCUACAAAUAUUCCAAAGUGUUUGUAAACUGAACGUAUCAAAUGUCAAACCACUGACUUUUGUUUUGACAAACCCUUUACAAAAACUCCUUUGAAGUUGCAGGUGUCUGUAGGGGGCGCAGUAACGACUUGCAGGUGUCAGGUGCCACUUCACUAAAAUAAAAACCCACACCUGCUACUCAUUUGAACUACUGAAACCUUUUGUCCUGGGAUGCGUCUACAAUUUCAGGCGUAGACAUUUGUGGCGCCGGUACAGUUGGGUUUAGAAGCGAUCUUAUUGACAAGUUAUAGUUAUUUUGGUGUUCUCCUAACAGAAUGCUAUGAGAUUUUAUUUAUUUGACAUUUUUCCUCUAUUUAUGUUUUCUCUGACUCAGUCUAACACUGAUUUGUUGACUUGUUUUUGUUUAGCGACUAUCUCUAAGCCAAGGUGCAAAGGCAUGUAGCCAUGUGCCGAAGUGAGUCCUUUCGUAAUACACUCAGCAUUUAUCUACCGUACUGAGCUUCAGUAGUCUGUUAUAUAGUAAAAAAGACAAAAAAUACAUUUGCAUGGUACCCCGAAUAAGUGUUUUACCACCCUCCAUGUUCAUUGAUUGUUAUGUAUUAAAUGUUCAUCUAAAAAGCUUAGCAGCACAAAAUGUCAUUUUUUUUCUAUUAGGGUUUCUCAUAAUUUUUGUGUUUGUGUGUGUAAUACUCCUACAGAUUUUUUUAUUGUUCUAUGCCUUUAGUACAUGCUGUCAAAAUGUAAUUUUUGUGUCCUCAACUGCUUCUCACAUAACAUGUAUACGUCCUUAAAUCAGUUUAAUUUAAUUGCACAAAACAUGAAAGGCAUUUUUUUCCUCAUCUUUAAGUUCUUAGAUCAGUAAAAUUGUACAGAAUCUUUGGGGUGUUCUCCAAAACUUAUCUCAGACUUCAACAACAAAUGUGAAUAGUAUUUUUAUAAAGCACCGAAAAGGGGCCGACAUAGUGAAAUUGUACAUACGGAGGCAUUGCUUUGAAUUUAUAUUGGUCUUCUCUCCUACUGCUGUUUUCUCCUGCUUAACUUGUAUAAAAGAAAGAGCCGUACAUAUUUGCUUUAUGUGAGUGUACCUUUGGACUAAUAGGGGUUUGUUUUUAAAAAGUGCUUGUUGAUCCUUUCUCAUGUGAAAACUCUGUUUCGUGGUCCCGUUCGGACCUUUUGUGGCUGUCCUCAUGUAAUGUUUCAGUUUAGAUGAACACUGUAAAGCUAUAAAAUAAUGGCGGCAGACCAUCCGCGUCCUCUGACUCCGCAAGUUGGCCUCGUUUGAAGUCCCUCCUUCAUUACUAUGGAACCAUUGCUGCCAACAAACAAGCAAGGAACUUCAGUGUUACCUUCUCCGCUUAGUUUUUACCAAAAAAAACCCACUACUGAGCCAAGUCGAAACUUCACCUCUUUCGUGAAAGGCAGAGUACGCCUGCCAUACAUUAACCCGUUCCCAUUUAAGUUCCAGUAGGUUUUGCAUGCUUUUAGAGGACACAUAUGAGAGAAGGUAUCAUCAGCCCUCCCCAUCUUCUUUAUCCAAUCAUUGCUGGUUAUCUCUAAAAAUAUUGUACAAAAUAAAAAAAAAUAAAAAUAAAAAAAACAUACUCAAAGCUUUAUAUCAUACAAAAAUACCGUUCCUCAUGUUUGUUACAUGAAUCUGUCAAAAGUAUAUUUUUAAUUUAAUAUAAAUAAAGAUCAAUUCUGUA